CAUCGUGUAGAGCUUGUUAAAGUUAAAUUGAUAAAUAGUAGAUAUAUUGUGGAAAUAUAUUACAUAUAAUAACUUAGUUUACCAUGGGUGUUCCGAAAUUCUUUCGCUACAUUAGCGAACGUUUCCCAUGUUUGAGUGAGCUUCUUCGCGAAAAUCAGGUGCCGGAAUUCGACAACCUGUAUCUCGACAUGAACGGCAUCAUUCACAACUGUUCGCAUCCAAACGAUGCGGAUGUAACGUUUCGAAUAUCGGAAGAGAUGAUUUUUGAGGGAGUCUUUCAUUACGUGGAGUAUCUCUUCAAGAUGAUUCGACCACAGAAAGUGUUCUUCAUCGCCGUCGAUGGGGUGGCACCGCGCGCCAAAAUGAACCAACAGCGUGGGCGUCGCUUUCGCUCGGCGGACGAAGCGCAACAACAACUGAAAAACGCGAUCGAAAAGGGUGAAGAAAUCCCUUCUGGCGAUCGAUUCGAUAGCAACUGCAUCACACCGGGAACGGCGUUUAUGGUUCGCUUACAAAAAGCGUUAGAACAUUUUAUUCAGGUGAAAAUAGCUACAGAUGUAUUGUGGAAGGCUUGUACCGUCAUUUUAAGCGGUCAUGAGACCCCGGGGGAAGGUGAGCAUAAAAUUAUGGAAUACAUUCGGCACGCUAAAGCCCAGCCCGGUUUUAAUCCGAAUACUCGCCACUGCCUCUACGGUCUCGAUGCGGACCUUGUAAUGCUUGGGCUUUGCACCCACGAACGGUAUUUUUCAUUGCUCCGUGAGGAGGUUAAGUUUGGGAAAAAUGACAAGAAAACCACCGUUCUGAAGGACAUUAGAUUUUAUUUACUCCACCUGACGCUUCUAAGCGAAUACCUGGAGCUAGAGUUUGCUAGCAUCCGUGAUAAGCUAUCGUUCGCAUUUGACAUCCACAAGCUCAUCGACGACUGGGUGCUGCUGGUGUAUCUGGUCGGUAAUGAUUUUAUUCCGCACCUGCCACACCUGCACAUCAACGAGAACGCACUGCCGACCCUGUAUAAGGCGUACAUGGACGUACUGCCUCAGAUGGAUGGCUACAUCAACGAGGGUGGCAUCUUGAACUUGCCAAGGCUGCAAAUGCUUAUGCGACGGCUGGCUACUUUCGAUCGGGACAUGUUCAUGGAGCGUUACACGGACUUGAAAUACCUGGAGGGAAAGUGUGGCAAUGAUACUUUGGAAGCGUUUGACAUGUCAGCGAGUGAAAUUAUGGGAUCAAGUGACGUGGACAGAGAUCUGAUUGCACUGAUUAGAUCAUCGGAAAUGCUCGAUUCGGACGGAGAAGAUGGAGAAGCGCCGGCAACUUUAGCCGAUAUCGAAGAUGAUCCCGAGUUGUUUGAGAAGGAGUUUCAAAGUUACAAACGAAAUUAUUACAUGACGAAGAUGGGUUACGCCGAUUUUACCGAGGAGGUUCGCGCAGAGCAAGCGGAAUGCUACGUUAGGGCUCUUCAGUGGACGCUGCACUACUACUAUCGGGGUGUAGUAUCAUGGUCGUGGUACUACCCGCACCAUUAUGCACCAUUCAUCAGCGACGUCGAUAACUUCGACCAUCUGGUGCUGACGUUCGAGAAGGCGUGCCCGUUUUUACCCUUCCAGCAGCUGCUUAGUGUGCUGCCAGCGGCUAGCAAAAGUCAUCUACCGGCCGCCUACCAUCACUUGAUGACCGACCCGGCCAGUCCGGUGUACGACUUUUAUCCGCCCGAGUUCAGCACCGAUCUGAACGGGAAGCAGCAAGCCUGGGAAGCGGUCGUGCUGAUCCCGUUCAUCGAUGAGAAGCGCCUGCUGAAGGCAAUGCGUCCCUGCGAUGCAUUUCUCACCGAUGAGGAGAAACAGCGUAACGUGCACGGCCCAAUGCUCCAGUAUCAGUACGAUGCGACCAAGACAGAACCGGUAGAGGCUAAGUAUGGUAUGUCGUACGUAGAGCAGCUAACGGUGCGUAAGACUGAUAUCUACCUGAAGGAUUUGGCCGUGGAAGAAGGAAGAUUGGUGCUGGGGCCAUCGGCCGGUGCCAUCCUGGAUGGGUACGCCAAAGGGUUCCCAACCUUUAAACAUUUAAACUACCACGGUGUUUUGAAAGAAAUGCAUGUGAAAAUUUUUAAUUUUCCGAGCAAAAAUGACAGUAUGGUCAUUUUCGUAGACCAACCGGUCGACCAGAGCCCACCGGACACGGCCACACUUGCCAAUCAACUGCUGGGGAAAGUUGUGUAUGUCAGCUGGCCCCAUCUAAUGGAGGCAAAGGUUGUGCGCGUGGCGGACAAUAAACUUACGUACGAGCUUGAUGCGAACGAACCGAAAAAGACAGACGAGCGGUCGUUUAGCAUAUCCAGUAAAUCAAUCAUUGAGCAUAAUCAGAACCGACUGGCACUGAAUGUAGGACCGAUCAAGCAGCUGGUCUAUGUUCGAACAUGCGUGGGUUCGGAAUAUGUUUUAAAAGAUAACAUGUUCAUCCUUAACAGACUCUGGAAUAAUAUUGACGUGGCCCAUCCGGCCCAGACUAUUGUGUGUGACCUGCAGGACGUGAUGAAAAGUCUUAAGCCCUACCUAGAGAUCGAGGAAAUGUUCCCUCUCGAAAGUGUGGUGUUUCUACGCGGAACCGAAGACUACGGCAGCAUGGGCCAGGUUGCCGAAAUUUCUCCCACCAACAAGCGCCUAAAGGCACGCUUCCUCGUACACGAGGAACCGAAUCUGCAAGACGUAUUUCAGAUGCACAAACAGUCGCUGAGGAAUUAUCGCAGUGUCAACGAUACAGCCGCUCUGCUAGGCAUAUCUGCAGGGCUCCUGCUGCAGCUGACGGGUUCCAUACUGGUUGCGCCCGGUGGCCACCGCUCGUUCAACAUGGAUGACGAAAAAACGAUCAAUAUUGGCCUCCGGUUGCGUAUGAUCUCGCGCAACGAAGAAGCGGUCGGCUACUGCCGGAAGGUGAACAAAUCGUGGAUGUUUUCGAGCAAAACAGUCGAGCUGCUGCAGGCUUAUGAUGAACGGGUGCCAGGGUUGUUCGAGCGUCUCGAAGGCCUCCGGCGGAGCAACGUCUUCUUUGAGACGGACUUGUUCGGUGAAGGGAACGAGGGUAAGCUAAAGGAAUUGCAUCAGUGGUUGAAGGACCAAGAUCAUGUCAACGUAGAGCGACGCACUAGUGGCAUCUUGCUGCUAGAAGAGCAAGCCGUAGGAAAGCUCACCGAAGUUAUCGACCAGUACCGGGAGACGCACCAGGUGACGGUGCGUACAUUUUACGUCAACACUCGGGACCUCUACCGACCCGGAAUGAAAAAGGCGAAAAAGGUCGACCAUAUGGUCGAGUUUGAGCUGCUUGAUCGCGUGAUCGUGGUGCAGGAAACGGAGGAUGUACCGCUCGGACAGCGGGGAACGAUCGUUGGCAUUCACCGAGUGACCGAUCCGAACCCGGUGCGACGGGAAGCGAUCGGGCAGGAGGAUUAUUAUUUCGAGGUCCUCUUCGAUGAGCAGUUCUACAAGGGGGUCAAUAUAUACAAUCUUCCGUCUACCGAAAAGCGGGUGAUGCGGUUGGCACAGGGCGCAUUGCUUAACAUAUCUGGCGGCAGGGUUGUGUAUGGCAACCAUUACAAGGUGCCGAUGGCUGCAACUGAAGCGAGCACAAAUGGCGAAGUACCGCCACAAAGUUGGAGAAGUAAUCAGGAAAAACCAGCAGUCUCCACGGUGGCUGAAUCGCUCCAAAGACGUGUUAAUGAGCGAAUUGAAAAACGGAAUAAAUUUCGCAACACCACCGUUCUUGUGCCAACUGAUACAAUUGCUCCGUUCGUACCUUCCGCCGCUUCCGUGCUACAACUAGCUGUGGAAUCGAGUGACAAUAACUCUACCAAACAGCAAGGAGACGAGCAGCAAAAAGGGCAGUCCAAACAGGGAGAGUUUGAACGGUUGUGGCAAAAACUGAAGCAAUCGCCUAAAGCUAACACUACGCUGUUCGACGAAAAUGAUAUCCAAAGCUUUGCAAAAGCAAUUCGUAGUAAUAAGAACUAUGACGUUUUAAACUUCAGGGAUACUGGAAUGAAUGCAACUGCCCUCGACGACGCUCGUAGCCAAAAACCGGCAAACUGUGCACUUGCAAACGGUGGGACACCCAAACCGGUUGCUCUCAGAAACGAUAUGGAAGGUGACAAUAUGACUGGAUUGUUAAAGCAAGCUUUACGAAUCAAUCAAAAGGUAGAUAAUGUUGUUCCAUCUACAACGAUGAGCAGUUCAGUGAAUGCUUCGGAGCUACAGUUACCUGCCCCGGCUAGCCUCCCUAAACCACCAAUUCAGUGGCAGAUGCGCCGAGAUGGUGGAAAAGCAUCCAACAGCACCCCUCCAACACAGUUGGACACGAAGCCUUUACCUCCGAAAGGAAAUGAUGCAAUAACGUCUGCCCGGGCCGUUGUGCUCGGGGACAGUGUUAAUCCAAGCGCAUUUAUUGCUCAAUACGGAAAAAUACCGGGUCCCCCACCAAUGAUGUUUCCCCGUCCAGCCAAUCCCAUCGUAAUGCAUCAUCCACUUGCACCGGUCCCCGGAAUGAUACCGUUAAACUUCCAGUCGAACAUGAUGCACGCGAGCAAUCCUUUCGCCCAACCACCUCCCCAAACCCCUUUCUAUGCGCCACCCCCAAUGCAACACAAUUCCGACAUUGUACAACCAGGUGCUCUGUUCGGAGCUUUCCGUUCGCCUCAGCAACAGCAGCAGCGGGCACCACGUUACGGGCCACCACCGCAGCCCCAAAUGCAGCCGAUCAUGGAUGGGUUUAGACGAUAUCCUCAUUAUCAUCCUCAGCAACAUCAACCAAUGAUCGCUGAACCACCACCAAUGAUGCCCUCACAUUGCCCCCCGUCGGCCGGGUUGGGUCCUAAGGGACCGCAGAACCUUAGCUAUCGGAAUAAUCCUGCCGGCAAUGGUGCCUUUGUGCCGCUGCAAGCCAUGAAGCAAAGCGUGAAGAGUAAACCCACAAAUAAGAACAAUAGCAGCAAACGGAAUGACCGUAAGCUACCGGCAGAAGUAGUGGCCACGACCGACGUAACACCGCCACAGCAACCGGUCGGGAGCAGUUUUAACGAGAAAAAUGCUCGUGAGCGACAGGUGGUCGAACAGCGGCAGGUGGAGGCGGAUAAGGGUUUUGCUGAUUUUUUGGCUCCGAAUCCUCCUUCUCAAUCAAUCGGGGAAACCAAAGCGGUGGAGAAUACUGUUAAAACACAAAAAGACAAAAAACAUCACAAAAGUUCCGCCCAAGCUAAACUGGCAACAUCUGCUGGUGGUGCAGGGCAGGGUAAAGAUACCACAACAGAGGAGACAACAAACGUGUCGAAGACGAAAGCUCCUCUAAGAAGCAAUCGAAAUCGCAUCGCAGCGCGGUUUGGAUCUGCUCCGGAUGGUUGAAUGAUGCACCGGAAUGUAUUACUACAGACUUUUUUUGAAUUCAAUUUUAAACGACAACUUGAACAUUUUUAGACUGCAGCUGGCAGAAGAAUAAAAAAGUUGUUAAAACUA